AUGACGGGACUGAAGAUAAACUACAACAAAUCUGUCUUGAUCGGAGUAAAUUGUAGCAAUGAGGAGGUGGAACUAGCUUGCAAGAUGUUGGGUUGUAAAAAUGGGUCGCUACCUAUGAACUACUUGGGCAUUCCGUUAGGCGCCAAUCCAAGAAGAAUAGAAACAUGGAAGCCAGUUAUUAGAAAGGUGGAAGAUAGGCUUAAGGGUUGGAAAAGUAGGUACUUGUCUAAAGCUGAAAAAUUGGUUUUAAUUAAGGCAGUCUUGAACAAUCUGCCUAUGUAUUAUUUGAACUUGUUUAAGAUGCCUAAAGCAGUCGCGACAAAGAUAACGUCUCUUCAGUCAAGAUUUUUCUGGGAAAAAAGUGAUGGAAUGAAGGGGAUGGCAAUAGUGAGCUGGAGCCUAAUUCAAAAGCCAAAGAGCCAUGGCGGACUGGGUGUGGGAGAUCUAGUAUUAACGAAUGCAGCACUCUUAUUCAAGUGGUGGUGGUAUUUUGACAAAAAGGAGUGCCCACUUUGA